AUGUCGAUUAAUCGCGGACUUUUAGAAAGUAAGAAAAUGAAGUGGUGGGAGAGUUGCAGUGUAGUGUUGUUGGUGAUGAGCUUUUUGGGUGCAGCUGCUGCACAAAAGGCGACUGUGAGAACGACAUACCAUAUAUAUGAGCCACAGAAGAUUGGAUGGGAUUAUAUGAAGGCAGGUGUGUAUUGUGCAACAUGGGAUGCUGACAAGCCUCUUUCCUGGAGAAAAAAGUUUGGUUGGACUUCUUUUUGCGGCCCUGCUGGUCCUCAUGGUCGCUCUUCUUGUGGAAGGUGUUUGAAACUUACUAACACGGCGACAAAUGCAAAAGUAAAAGUGAGAAUAGUCGACCAAUGCAGCAACGAUGGUCUGGAUUUGGAUGUUGGCAUGUUUCAGAAGCUAGACACUGAUGGACAAGGCUAUGCUCAGGGCCAUCUCAGUGUCAAAUACCAGUUUGUUAAGUGCUGA